AUGAAAUCCGAGUGACUUCCGAUUCUCAUUCAUCACGAGGUCACGUGCAGUGCCACUUCGUCCGAAUCAUACACUGCCUUUGUUCUUCUCGUGAUUCCGACUCUUUCGCACAGGUUCCCGUUUGACAAUUCCGUCGGGCACUUCUGCUCGUUGAAAUGAUCGUACAAUGCCGGAGUCAGGAGGAUGAUCCUACGAAAACAGAGUGUAUUAGUUUCGGCAUGCAAUUCGUUGCAAUGUCACCUUCAUGCCGGUAGUGGCAACCUGCCACUUCUACGAGCAUCUCAGCAGAAUCAGAUCCAAUGGCGCCCGAUACAAUGCAAGAAAUAUGCGACCGUCGCUUCCGACGACUUCCUGAAGUCUCAAAACGAUCUCUCAGGCGAAUCGAUCUCGUCCCAGCCGAAUAGACAGCCGUCUUCAUUCACCCCUCCACCAUGGCCCUCCCAAUCACACCCCACUCCAUAUCAAGUCCUCCACCAUUCCCGAGACACGCCGUAUGACCGCAACGCGAGCAUCUUCCCGCAAUUGAUCAAGUUAUAUCAUCCCGACCACUCCCUCCAUUGCUCACAUGCGGCGAUACAAUCGCUGGACCCUACCGUUCGCCUGGAAAGAUACCGACUGAUCGUCGCCGCGCAUGCUCUCUUGAGUGACGUGACCAAGCGGAAGAACUACGAUAACUAUGGCAUCGGAUGGGCUGGAAACAUGGAGAACCCACUGGAUAGGAUGAAUUGGACCCCAAACAGCUCUCUAGAUCCUCGAUGGCAGCGGGCAGCAAGCCGAUGCGCAACCUGGGAGGACUGGGAGAAGUUGCGAGAAGACCAAGCGCGGGAACAGCCAGGUGCCGGAGCAUCCGACGCCCAAUGGUAUGACUUCUUCAACAGCAGCGGUUCUAGCAAGCGCACGGAGCCCGUAUAUUUCUCUCACAUGACAUUCAUAUCGGUCAUGGUCUUCUUCACAAUUCUGGGCACAGGGCUCAACGCCAUCCGAGCGGAUUCGUUCGCGGCGGGUUAUGUAGCGCGAUUGGAUGCAAAGCAUGAUGAAGCGUCGAAGCAUCUGAUGAUGGCCAGGCGUGAGACACUGUCGGCGUCAAAAGUUCUUCCUUCGGUAGAAGUGAGCGAUCAGCCCGAAGCAUCCCAGAGCGAUCGGGACAUCUGGGAGAGAAAUCAACUUUUGAAAAAAGAGCGGAUCGAGAAGUUUCUUCAGAAACGGGAUCCAGCUGCAUGGAAAGACCACGAGGUGCGAAAGCUGGUUCUUAAUCCCGAAGUAUGCAGUCCCACGGGGAAGCGAGAAAGCAGCAAUCUCCAGCCGGAGCAUAGAUCUUGACGAUUCACGGAGUGACGAUGCAUGGGAACGGCGUUUUGGGCAUUUCGCGCCGGUUGGUUGCAUUCAAUAGGUGGAUAAGUUCAUCUUUUGUACACCUGUUGUACAUACCUAUUCCUGAACUCCACGUACCUGUACGUCGCAGGGGGGCAUAUCUUGCGGCCAUAUCAUAGACACUCGCCACAUACUCCCUAGAAUCAUAAUUUCCCCCCCUCCUUCUUCUCGUCCCUCCUCUCCAGUACGCUGUCCACGAGGCCCAGUUCA